AUGAAUCAUAGACUAGUACAAAAUGCCAUUAUUCGAGGAAGAACAGAUAACAGAAGUUUUAUUGGGGAUCAGCUUGAUGAUUGUUCAGACUUCUCUUCACUAUUUUAUCGAUUACCUUUUGAGAGAGGUUUCUUGACAAAUUGGGGAGUUGAACGUACCAUAUGGGAUCGAUUAUAUAAAAAUGUUCUCAAGGUUGAUUCAAAAGAGAGUCGCCUGGUGAUUACAGAGCCAUGCUUUAAUUUACCUACCAUUCAAGAAGCCUAUGACCAAAUGAUAUUCGAAGAAUACGAAUUUGCUUCAUGCUAUCGUACUAUAGGACCCCAAUUGUGUAUUUUCAAUGAUCUUGGAUCACUCUUUGGAGAUAAGCCAGGAUCCGUUCCCGACUGCAGUGUGGUAGUAGAUUCUGGAUUUUCAUUCACUCAUAUUGUGCCUUUUGUGAAAGGAAAACCUGUGGCAAAGGCGAUAAGAAGAAUUAACCUAGGCGGUAAACUAUUAACGAAUCAACUUAAAGAAACUGUAUCUUUUCGCCAUUAUGAUAUGAUGGAAGAGACAUAUAUUAUCAAUCAAGUAAAAGAAACUUGUUGCUUUGUCUCUCGCGAUAUAUAUUCCGAUCUUGACAUAUGCAGAAAAAGCUACCGAGAAAACACCAUCAUUCAAGAAUAUGUUUUACCUGACUUUACUCACCAUAGUCAAGGGCAUGUUAGACCUAAACAAGAAAAACAAAAACAAUCAGAUCAAACAUUGGAUAGAUCAGUAGAUCAAAUAUUGCCAAUGAAUAAUGAGCGUUUCAUGAUACCAGAGAUUCUUUUUAAUCCUUCAGAUAUCGGAAUGAAUCAGGCAGGCAUACCAGAGGCUAUUUCACAAGCUAUUGAAGCAUGUGAGCCAGAGUAUCAUGGAUUACUCUACGCCAACAUUGUACUUGUAGGAGGAAACGCAAAACUCAAUGGCUACAGAGAACGAAUCGAACAAGACUUGCGUGUGAUGGUACCUAGUGAAUAUGAAUUACGACUUGCUGUUCCUGAAGACCCUAUUGGAUAUGCAUGGAAAGGAGGAAACAGACUAGCUUCAUUAGGAACAAAGGCAGACUUACAAAAAAGAUUUGUCACUCGUAAAGAAUAUAUGGAAUACGGAAGCGACAUCUGCAGAAGACGUUUCAAUUCUCUCUAAACUCAAAGAUGUUUCAUCUUUGGAUUCAUGCUUGUCUUACCCUUAUUUUCGCCGUGUGUAAAUAAAUAUCAAAUAUUGUAUAG